UUAGAAUGGAAAUGAAGUUCUUCUAUAAUAUGGAGAGAGAAAAAAACUAAUCAAUCACUGCAAAUAUAAUGCUGGCAUUGUGCCAUUUCUAAACAACGGUUCAAAGGAUAUUUAUUAAUAUAGAAUGGAAGGAAGACCCCUCGAGGACGGUUCUCCACAAAGAAAGAAAAGAUGUAAAGUCCCUCCCCUCAUAUCCUUGUGUUAUCCAUGUGACGAAUGUGAAUUUUCCACAGCGACAAAAUCCGACCUAAAAAGGCACAUGAAUAGUGAACACAUAAAUAACUCCUAUUCUUGUUCAAACUGCAGUUUUGUAACGUCCUCCAAGAAAGGUUUGCGAGGACACUUUACCAGGGCGCAUAUCAUGAAUGUCAGGCAGUUUCAAGAAAAGACAUUGAAACAAAAAGAAGCAAAUGAGAGAAAAAGAGAACAUAAAAGAUUAGAGAGUAGAAAUUCUGAAGAACAGAACAAGCCCAGGGUUUUCCUAGUUCCAGCAGGGCCAGGUGUAGACACUGACUCCACUGACUCUACUGAUGGAAGAGCAAGAUCUCGUUGUUGCAGUGUUCCUGGAUGUAAAAACCGGAAUGGUCAAAUGCACACUUUCCCUAAGAAUGAUCCACAAAGAGUUCAACGCUGGAUGGAGGCUAUUAAUGUCGACAUAUCCUCGUACAAAAUAAAUUCAUACCGGAGAGUUUGCCAUCUUCAUUUUCCACCAGAGAGCUAUGCACGGAACCUGCAAGCGGAGUUACUAAACUACCCCUGUCGGAAGCGAUUGGCGGAUGAUGCUGUUCCGUCCCUCCUCCUUCCAUCUCCGCCUUCGAAGGGAAAUAAACCUCCAGUUCCCAAACUUCAAGUUAAACUUGUAGAAGAUAAAGUAUGUCAACAACCUGGUUCAACUGAUUCAACUGGUUCAAAGCGUCAAAGAAAGGCUUGCUGUGGUCCUAAAUGUGGUAAUCAAAAUGGUACAAUGCACCUCGACGGGCGGAAUGGAUGAAAGCUUGUGGUCUCUCUAGGCAUGUCUCUUAUCAUAUCAAGGUGUGUGGAAAGCAUUUUGCUCCAGACAGUUAUGUUCGAAACCUCCAAGCAGAGCUAUUAAACUAUCAACCAUACAGGAAAGUUCUGUCGGAGCAAGCUGUUCCGUCCCUCUGCCUUCCUACAUCUACACCUGAAUCCACAAUCAUCAAGCAAGAAAACGAGGAUGGUUUAGAACUUGUAAAUGUGAGGAUUGAAGAUGGUAUCAAGCAAGAAAACGAGGAUGGUUUAGAACUUGUAAAUGUGAGGAUUGAAGAUGGUAUCAAGCAAGAAAACGAGGAUGGUUUAGAACAUGUUUAUGUGAUGAUUGAAGAUGGUAUCAAACAAGAAAACGAGGGUGUGCUUGAUUAUGUCAACGUGAAAUCUGAGGAUGGCUUCAAGCAAGAAACAGACCCUUUGGCUGGUUAUUAGUAAAUUAACUUUGUAUUACUAAAAGAAUAGAUUGAAAAAUGUAAUUUA